AUGGGACAUAAUAGAACAUCUUGCAAAAAUCCAAAGGAUGUCCCUGAACCAAAACCCAAAAAGAAAAUAGGUAGACCCAAGUUGGAUCUUGAUUUGGCUAACUUGAUAGGAUGUAGAAGAGGUGAUAGAGGAGGAAGAGGUAAUAGAGGUGGUGGUAGGGGAUCUGGAAGAAGAGGCAAUAGAUGUGGUGGUAGGGGAUCUGGUGGAAGAGGCAAGAGAGGUGGUGUUAUGGGAUGUGGUGGAAGAGUGAAUAAAAAUUUUGGUGAGGGAACUUCUAAGUUUCCAAAUAUUGAGAGUGAAAAUGAAGUUACUCCUACUGUUGAUAAUGAAGCUUUUGGGUUUCAUAGUCAAAUAACUGUAGACAUAGGCUCUGAAGGUCAACCACCUGGAGUUGAAGUGAUGGAUCAAGAGGGUAUGGGUGAGGAGGACAUGGAUCAACAUGAUAUGGGGGAAGAUGGCAUGGAUCAACAUGAUAUGGGUGUAGAGGUGAUGGAUUAG